AUGACCCUUCCUCCCCCACCGUUCAAAGCCAAGGCCAUUUGGAGUUGGGGUGGUAACAACAAGGAGAAAGAUCUCGGGUUUAUUGAGGGAGAUAUCAUCGAGGUGUCUAAAACUUCCUCUGACGGCCAAUGGUGCUACGGCGUUUCACUCAGAAGUAAACUUGCUGGAAGGUUUCCAACCAAGUUCAUCCAGGUGCUACAGAUCAAGGAGUCUGGGUCGCGAAAGAGCUUGCUGGAGCUGAAGGAGUCGAGCUCCUCCAAGUCUCUCAGACUCACCCCGUCCGCCUCGUCCAGCAGCCUGAAACUAGGUUCUUCCGUAUCUGUUCCCACGGACGUCACGAACUACGACGAGAUCCCACCUCCGCCACCGAAACACCAGUAUUCCACAUACAACAAACUGUUCACAUCGUCAUACACGCAGCGGAUCCUGGACUCGUCCACCUUAUCAACAGACACGGAACGGUCCUCGUAUUUUGGACAUUCGGACUUCUCUGCCACCUCGGCGGGCUCACUGAUGCGCCACAAGGAAGCAAAAAUGCAGGCCAGCAUGUCGGACAGCGACAGACAAGACCUGGUGAGCUCGAUGCUAGAGAAGGGCCCUAAUGCCAAACACCCGAAAUUUUUCAGAAGGUUGCUGGGUCGAAAAUCCGUCGAACCUUCGUUAGACGACCAGAUUUUCAGCACGAGUCUCGACAAGCUCGAGGAUCUCACGAUAAAAGAGACGGAUGCUGACGAUGACCUGGUGAGAACGCGAACUCUCACCGGCCGCGACAGAGCCAACAGGAAAUCCCGUGUUGUUCAGGAAGAACCCGACCUAAUUUUGCAGCCUCAAAAGGCCAUCUCGAGUCUAAAUGUCGACGAGAAACUGUCUUACUCCUCUCCAUCUAUAAUUGAUGAGACCGACUUAGACCACGUUGACGAGUUCGUGGCAGAGCUGCCGGAUGAUCGGUUCAUCGGGCCCAGAGAAAUUGUGAAAAACCGCAUAAUUCCACGAUUCCUGACUCCCUUGGAGCAACUCAAAGCCAUUUACGUCUAUCUCACCACCAGGUUCGAGAUUAUAGAGAAACAAGAAAAACUCAGCGCCAAAGUGUCGCCAUCAGAGGCGCUGUUCUCAGACAUAAUUCACAGAAAAAGAUGCACCGGUCAUCAGCUUACAUGGAUGUUCUAUAUCAUGGCAUCGCAUCUGGACCUCGAAAUGGAAAUAAUACUGGGAAAAUUCAAAAAGCCGCUGCAGCUUCUCGACAGCAACCUUGUGCUCAACCAUACAUGGAUCUCAGUGCUGGUGGAAGGUGAAUACCGUUUUAUUGACGUUGCUCUCGGAAACCACACCAAUCCAGUAAAUGACGAGCUAAAUCUAAUCGAGCCGCUGUCGCUCCAGCAAAACUCCGAAUUUUACUUCCUCGCUAAGCCUUUGGACCUGCUCUACACCCACGUUCCGAUGCACGCAGACCAACAGCAUGUCGUGCCUCCCCUGGAUCCUUUAGUCCAAAUGGCGUUGCCCCCAUUAUAUUCAGGCUUCUUGCAUCACAAGCUUAGUCUUUACAAGUUCAACCAUUCACUGUUCCGGCUGACAGAUUUAGAGUUGAUCGAGUUCGACCUUGAAAUUCCAAAAAAGAUUGACGUCCGCGCCAUCGUCAGGUCAUACGAUAAUGAUGCCCAAGGGGAAGCACUGGUACAGGUUUACAUGAAAAGAGACAAAAGGUUGGCGAAGAUCAAGGCAGCAAUGCCUCCGAGGUGCUCUUUGGGUUUCAUCUGCGUCUAUGCUCGCUCAACUGCGCGUCCAGGAGCAGACUUCUCGAUGGUUCUUUCGUUGCCUUGCUCUCACAAGGGAAAAUAUAAGCCUAUCGAAUGGGUGAAGAAAAACGACAACAAUGCUCAUUUAGACUUUGAUCUGUACAUCAAACAGCCACAGACCUUUAAUUUGACUAGAAAUCUGCCAUACAAAUUCCAGGUGCUUUCCACUAAUAGCACAAUCAAGUGCAACCUAAUUUCUCCCUCUGGCACUUUCCAUCUUUUGCCAUAUCAAGACGAUGCUUUUGAGCUCACCAAGCGUCUGAAUGAACCAGGAUUAUGGAGACUUGUAGUUCUCAACAAUGAUUCCUGGCACGUCUACGCUGAAUGGUCAUGCUCUUGA